AUGUCUCCAGUGGGAGCUGCCCUCUGGCGUUCCCUUCGCGCCCAUCAGGUUUACGGCGCCAACACUGAUGUGGGAAAAACAAUUGUCUCGACCGUUCUCUGUAACGCGGUCCAGCGCCAAAAGUCCCAGGAUCAGACGGCCUUUCUAAAACCCGUCUCAACGGGGCCAUUGGAUGACGCAGAUGAUCGACAUAUCCAACGCCAUGCGGCGGGUACAUUGACUAAGUGUCUCUACCAAUUCGACGAGCCCGUCAGUCCGCAUAUCGCGGCUCAGCAGAAGAAAUUUACUAUCCCUCGAGAUGAUGAUAUCGUGGCCUCUGUCCACAAGACCCUGUCUGACUGGGCGGGCAGCGGGGUCAAUUUUGCCCUAGUAGAAACGGCCGGUGGUGUCCAUUCCCCCGGCCCCAAUGGCAAUUCACAGGCAGACCUCUAUCGCCCACUGCGGCUACCAAUUGUCCUAGUCGCAGAUUCCCGAUUGGGUGGUAUCUCUUCGUCUAUCUCGGCCUACGAGUCGCUUUUGCUUCGGGGCUACGACAUCCACUCGGUUUUACUGUUUCGCGAUGAGUACUACAAGAACCAUGAAUACUUACAGAACUAUUUCCAGAAAAAGGCUAUUCCUCUCGUUCCACUGCCGUCGCCCCCUCCGAAGCCGUCAGUGCAAGAUGUAGAUUCCUUGGCGCGGGAUGAGGAAGCCAUGACCACAUACUAUGGUCGUGUUGCACAGGAAACGGAUGUUGCGAGCUUAUUGGAACAGUUAUCGGCUAAGAACGCGGAAAGGAUCGACCGGCUGGAAUCGAUGGCCAGCCGGGCACAUGACACCAUCUGGUAUCCAUUCACGCAGCAUCAUGGCAUGGAGGCCAAGGAUAUCACACCGAUUGAUUCUGCCUAUGAUGACUACUUUCAAACGUUUGUGGAAUCGGACCAGUCCCACCAUGAAAGCAAGCUGCGCGCAACAUUUGACGGAUCUGCAUCCUGGUGGACGCAAGGUUUGGGUCAUGGCAACCCGAGCUUGGCUUUGUCGGCUGCAUAUGCCGCUGGACGGUACGGACAUGUAAUGUUUCCCGGAAAUAUACAUGAGCCCGCUUUGUCGUUGGCAGAACUCUUGCUCAAGAGUAUCGGCAACCCUCGCUUCCGGAAGGUGUUUUACACCGAUAAUGGAAGUACCGGCAUGGAGGUCGCUGUGAAGAUGGGUCUCCGGGCGGCAUGCGACCGGUACGGAUGGGAUGCCAGCCAGGAGCAGAUCAGUAUCCUCGGUCUCAAGGGAAGCUAUCAUGGCGACACGAUUGGCGUCAUGGACUGCUCAGAGCCUUCCACUUACAACAAGAAAGUCGAAUGGUAUCGCGGCCGAGGGUACUGGUUUGAUUUCCCGCAAGUGAAAAUGUCCCAAGGAAUGUGGAAGGUCGACAUUCCCGAGAACCUUCAAGAAUCACUAGGCUCAGGCCUCGAGUUCUCGUCCCUCAAUGACAUUUUUGAUAUGGAGGAACGGCUGCAAUCGGCUGCGGGAAAGCGCUACAGGGACUAUAUUCGACAUACUAUCCAGGAUCUGGUUCAGCAGCAAGGGAUGAAAUUUGGUUCCCUUAUCAUGGAGCCCAUCAUUCUAGGUGCUGGCGGCAUGCUGUUUUGUGACCCUCUGUUCCAACGGUGUCUCGUCGACGUUGUCCGCGGCCAUCCUGAGCUGUUUGACGCAAGUGGGGCUAACUCUGCCAAGGAUCACCCAGUGGCCACCUCCUGGUCUGGUCUCCCCGUUAUCUUCGACGAGGUGUUCACCGGUCUUUACCGUCUUGGCCGUACAUCCUCGGCCUCAUUCCUCCAGGUCGACUCCGACAUCGCUGUAAACGCGAAACUUCUGACUGGUGGUCUUCUUCCUCUAUGUACCACGAUGGCCAGCAAUGAAAUCUUCCAGGCAUUUUCGAGUCCGGAGAAGAGCGAUGCUUUACUCCAUGGACACAGCUACACGGCACAUGCUGUGGGCUGCCAGGUGGCAGUGGAUUCGCUGCAGACCAUGAUGCGGAUGGAAGACAGUGGGUCCUGGGAUGGGUACCGCCAGGACUGGAGGCCAACCUUGUCAGACACCCCUGCGACCCUGAGUGCGCGGGACAGCUCUAAUAUCUGGAGUGUCUGGUCUCAUGGUCUGGUCAGUGAUCUAUCCCAUGCGCCAUCAGUAGAUGGCGUGUUCGCGAUUGGAACGGUGCUCAGUAUCUCGCUGAAAGACGUGCAGGGAGGAGGCUACACCUCGACAGCCGCCAGAGGUUUACAGCAGCGGUUAUCGACGAGCGACGGAAAGUUUAAUGUGCACUCGCGUGUUCUCGGAAACGUUCUGUACCUCAUGUCGAGUGUUACUUCUCAACCGGAGGCGCUACGCUCCAUCGAGGGGUUGCUGCGGGAGGCGCUCUUGUAG